CCAGGUUGCAUCAAAUUUUGCAAAACAUGAGGAGGCAAUGCCCCCAAGCCAAUACCCAAUCCAUCAUUUGCUGACCCAAAAAACUGACAAAAGAGCCGUGCCAUGACCCCAAGAAUAUGCAUUUGGUUCUGGUAUUCCUCUGCAUGCAUUUGCAUUAUUGCCUUCUCAUGCUCAAGUUACAAUGCAGCAAAACUCUCCCUCCACUCCAUCUUGUCCUCCUCCAUCCUCCUCCUCCUCAAACAAUUCCUUCUCUAACCUCAUUCUUCUUUCAAACUCCUUCCUUGCCCACGCCAACUCCACCUUCCUAUCCGCCAACCUUCCCCCCCAUUUGCCGCAUUUCUUUCCUGAACUCCAUUUCCCUCUUAUUUUCUUCCCUUCCUACCUCAUCCUUCUCUCUCACAAAAUCCCUUUCCCUUCUUUUUUCUUCCUCCCUUUCUUCUCCCCAUUUGCCGCAUUUCUGUCCUCAACUCCAUUUCCCUCUUAUUUUCUUCCCUUCUUUCCUCAUCCUUCUCUCUCACAAAAUCCCUUUCCCUUCCUUUUUCUUCCCUCCUCACGACAACAUCUCUCAAUUCUUCGAGUUUACUGGCAAUGAUCCCAAAGCCCUUACUUACCCCCUAUCCGCUUGCUCAAUUUCCUUGCCUGAAGUGCAGCAAUAUCUCCAAAUUCCCUCCUCCUAACAAAUUCACCUUCACUCCCCACCUUAUCUUCCCCACCAUCAUCCCCAUCUCAAUUUCAUUGUCACUUACCUUUCUCCCUUUCAUCUCGAGCGCCACAUCACCAAAAACUUCUUUAUACUUCAAGAAAUUUCUCUCAGUGGCCCUCUCCAUCUUUGCAAUCAAACUCAUCCUCGGAAAUUCUAAUCUUCUGCUUCACACUCAGGUACUGGUGCCUCAUGUACCUUGAUGGAAACAUCACGCCAUGACUACUUGAAUGGGAAGGUAACUGGGUCCUGGAGAUGGUGCACGGACUUAACGUGGUCAGUGAUGGCCGGAGCUUUUCUCCUGAGUUGAGAAGAUCAGAAUAUUUAGAGAGUAGUUUUUUGUUCUUCUAGCUCUGACCAUUUCUUCAGUUUCAU